CCAUUAAAAGCCCCAGACUGGCUUUUAUUUUUAGAAGUCAUUUACAAAAUUAAUUUUUUAUACUAAACAUGUAACAUUGUUUUGUCAACAUUGCAGCUGUCUUGUUUUGUGUGAUAUAUUAGUUUGUAAUGGUAGAGUGAAACAUACCAGCUGUUUACAUCCACACUGAGUUGUCAUGAUUUAAGCACGAUUGAAAGAACCCGCCGCGGUGACGUAAUGAUACAAUGCUACGUCACUACAUCCGGGCACCUGCAGCGGCCAUUUUGACUGGCAGAAGCACAAUAAAUGUGUACUUCUGACAUUCGUGAUCCGUUAGCCAACAAAAGACAGCCAUUGAGAGUUCCCAAACUUUACCCUGAGGUUGACAGGGGCAGCAGUGAUGGCAGAGAGGGCCCAGGAUUUACCUGUGGUCAGCCAGCAAGGCUCAAGCCCCGGCAAAGACCAUCAGGUAGGAGGACCCAGUGGCCAGUCGGACUCUGGCUACUACCCAGACAGCCUUGAUCAGACAAGUCCUGCCUGUAGGCAGACAUGGAAGGAACAGACUGAGAAUGGAGCUACAGGUGGAGCAGAGCUGUGUGAUAGUGAAGGGGCGAAGGAGAAACAGAGCUCUGCUGAACUUUCUGGGAGCGGUGAGCAAGAUGUGCCAACUGAGCAACCUAGAAAGGAUGAAGACAACACUCGCUCAUUUCCAGUGAUUGGACCAAGAGUAUUAGUCAAUGAGCAUGUCACCUCCAGUGCCGUACCUGUUAAGCCCCCCACCACACACGAUGGUGAGGUUGCAGGAGAGGCAGAUACCAAGAAACCCCAACAAGAGUCUCAGCCCCCGUUGUCUUGUUCAAGUACAAGUCGUGCUGUCCCUGAUACAGAUAUGCCUGGUGCUGAAGCAGAUCUGACUAGUCUGAAAAACAGCCGCAUUGCCCUACUGUCCAUCAUACGCAGCCUGGAAAAGACACUAUGUCAAGCAAGAAACGACUUGGUUCUUCACUCGGUAGAGGUAAAUCCAACAGCUUUGCAUGAGAUGUUGUUGGACACUCGCCUUGAAAUAUCACAGGCUAGUGAAAGUCUUCUGAUGGCUACCGGAACUGCCCAUACCCCUGAAACACCAGCAACCAAUACGUCUGAUGUGAGAAAGGGUGCCCCACGUUCAAAAAAUCCCACAAAAGCACACACUAACCUGCCGGUGUCCUCCAGUUCACACCAGAACCUACUGGUGGGUGAAGAUAGCAAAACAGAAAAUCCAGUGCAGAGGGGGACAGCACCCAACGGUACAGAAGAUCCAGUGCAAGUGGGGACAGCACCCAACAGCACAGGCGACUCAGUGCAGGUGGUGACAGCUCCAAACAGCACAGAGGAUACAGUGCAGGUUGUGACAGCUCCAAAAGACACAGAAGUCUCAGUGCAAGUGGGGACAGCACCCAACAGCACAGAAAAGCAAGUCCAGAUGGGGACAGCACCCAACAGUACAGAAGACUCAGUGCAAAUGGUGACAGCUCACAGCAGUACAGAAAAUCCAAUCCAGAUGGUGACAGCUCCAAACAGCACAGAAGAUUCAGAGUCAGUGCAGGUGGUGACAGCUCAAAACAGCACAGAAGACUCAGUUCAGAUCGGGACAGCACCCAACAGCACAGAAGACUUAAUGCAGGUUCUGAUAGCUCUCAAAGGCACAGACAACUCAGAGUCAGAGCAGGUAGUGACAGCACCCAACAGCGCAGAUGACUCAGUGCAAGUGGUGACAGCACCCAACAGUACAGAAGACUCAGAGCCGAUGGGGACAGCACCCAACAGCACAGGAGACUCAGUGCAGAUGGUGACAGCUCCAAACAGUACAGACGACUCAGUGCAGAUGGAGACAGCUCCAAACAGUACAGACGACUCAGUGCAGGUUGUGACAGCUCCAAGCAAUACAGAAGACUCAGUGCAGAUGGGGACAGCACCCAACAGCACAGGAGACUUAGAGAAGGUGGUGACAGCUCCAAAAAGCACAGAUGAGCCGGCAAACAAUGGGGUCCUGCAUGACAACCCAGUGAAUGAGGGCCAUCUGGAAGACAAAGGCAAGGCUGAGAUACUUUCUAACAGCCCGGUGAUGAAAUCUCAUAGCAAGCCCGCAAAUAAAGAUCACUGUCAUGAUGCAGGGCAGAAGAAGGGAAGGAAAAAGGAGAGUGGUAACAUCAAAAAGAAAGAUCAUCGCAAGAAAGUCACUCCUACUCCUAAACAGCUACCACCAGACCAGGCUGUCGAAGAAGAUCAAGUUGACAUCACCGCCAUCAAGAAAGUUCUGAGGCAAAAUAGUUUGCCAGAGGGACAAGAUGAUGCUACAGCCGAAGAAGAGACUCUUAUCAAGGCAGAAUUUGAGGAAUAGGAUAUGCGUGAAGAG